ACUGUAGGUUAAAUAUCCUGCCGGUAAAGACCCGGUCUGGUCCUCCAGUAGAAAAAGCAAAGAAAAAUGGUGGCUGAGGAGCGCGUUUCCGACAAGAAGAAGGAGUACCGCCAGCGUCUGAACCAGUACCUUCAGACCUAUGACAAGGCGUUCAUUGUCCACGCCGACAAUGUGGGCUCUCGCCAGUUCAUGGACAUCCGCAAGGCCCUGCGCCCUGGUGCCGUCAUUCUGAUGGGCAAGAACACCAUGAUGCGCUUCUGCGUGGAGAAGUACCUGGAGGAGACCGGCGACCACCGCUGGGAGUGCCUGGUCAAGCCCGGCAAGAAGGGCCUGCUGGAGGGCAACGUGGGUAUCGUCUUCACCAACGGCGACCUGUCCCAGGUGAAGGAUGAGAUCGCCAAGUACAAGGUCGGCGCGCCCGCCCGCGUGGGUGCCGUCGCCCCCGAGGACGUGGUGAUCAAGGCCGGCGGUACCGGCAUGGACCCCUCCCAGACCUCGUUCUUCCAGGCCCUCGGCAUUGCCACCAAGAUUAACAAGGGUACCAUUGAGAUCGUGUCCGACGUCGUGGUCGUCAAGGCCGGCGAGCGCGUGGGCCCCUCUCAGGCCACCCUGCUGGCCAAGCUGGGCGUCAAGCCCUUCAAGUACGGCCUGCUGAUCCUGAAGGUGAUCGAGUCGGGCGCCGUCUACGACCCCAAGGUGAUGGACAUCACCGACGAGGACAUGAUGGCCUCCGUCAUCGCCGGUAUCCGCGAGGUGGCCGCGCUGUCGCUGGGCGCCCAGUACCCCACCCUGGCCGCCGCCCCCCACGUCAUCAUCGACGGCUACAAGAACGUGCUGGCCAUCGCCGUGGAGACCGACUACACCUUCCCCCUGGCCCAGAAGGUCAAGGACUACCUGGCCGACCCCUCCAAGUUCGCCUCCGCUGCCCCCGCGGCCGCCGCCGGUGGCGCCCCCGCCGCCAAGAAGGAGGAGCCCAAGAAGGAGGAGCCCUCCGAGGAGGAGGACAUGGGCUUCUCCCUGUUCGACUAAGCGUCUGGCCCUGUGCUGGUGCGGCUGCCGUCGGGCGGAGCGAGCUCUUCUUGAGCUGGGUGCGGCUGGAGCGGGCUGGUGCCCUAGGUCCAGGUUGCGUUUGGUGUCGGUGGCAUGGGCGGUGCGGUUGCGUGGCUUGCCCACGGCGUCGCGCGUGCACCUCGCCUCGCCGGUGAAGCGCGGCUUGGAUGGGGGUGCUGGAGCACGCCUAUUGUUAUGAAAGCUGUAAGGCAUACGGUUUGA